UUAGAUUAGAGAAUGGGAUAUAGUCCAGAGUUAUAGACAAAGUUAUAGUUAGACUAUAGAUUGAGCUAUAGUUCAGACUAGAAACUGAACUAUAGUGAGAUUAUAUACAGAACUAUAGACAGUUUAUAGACAGAACUAUGACAAUUGUUUUAAAAAAACGCAAGUUAAAUUAUUUAUUUAGUACAAGUACCUAAUGAAUGAGUAAGUAGUAGUUGUAAGAAUUUGUUUAGUGAUUAGAAUUUUAUAUAUAUUUGUUCUUCCAACUGCCGAUUUACACAUCAACGUAAAGCAUGAAUUGCAGUUUUUUUGAUAAAUUAACAAAAUAGGAAAUAAAUUUAGAACGCAGAUAUAGUUUUCAAUUUAUUUAAUUUCUCUAUUAUCAAUUUAGUAGUUGAUCAAACACUGACGAUCAUAAUACUAUAGUGCACCUUGUCCGAGUCAAGGCAAUCAUUUCAAUCAUUUCAUCAUCAUCAGUAUCGGUAGAAAUAUUUCAAUUAAGAGAGAAUAGUUUUUCCACACAUUUAUUAUUAUUUGCCUGUGAAAGUGCGGUUCAUUAAGUAGAAAAGUUAAUGAAAUUAAUGUGAAAAAAUGCACCUCAAAUAUUUAAUAUGUUCAACAUUAACAAUUUCCCUCCUCUGGAUGCUGUGUAUAAGUCCAGCUCAAGUUGAGAGUUCAAAAAUUCUGGCAGUAUAUGUAUUUCCCGGUAAAAGUCAUUUCAUGAUGCACAAAACCAUCAUAAAGGAACUUAUACAGAGAGGUCAUCAAGUGACAAUGAUAACAGCUUUCAGCUUAAAGGAUUUAAAAUUGGGAGCCAACUAUACAGAAGUUUUGAUAGAACCAGUUUAUGAUUUUUGGAGUGAUAUUAUACAAUCCUUUAAAGCCGACAAUAUUUUCGAAUUAUCCGAAAUGCAAUUUUUCGAUUUUCUAAAAAUGUUGGAUAUACUCGGUAUGAAAACCACCGAACAUGCCUUAAAACAACCCAACGUACAAGAAAUCAUUAAUCAUCCCCAGCCGAAGGGACAAUAUGAUUUACUAUUGGCCGAACAAUUCUAUCAGGAACCCUUUUUAGCACUGUCCUAUAUAUACGAUAUACCUGUAGUGACUAGCAGUACUUUGGGUUAUGAAAAUCAUAUGAGUCAAAUGAUGGGCGUGAUAACGCCCUGGUCAUUUGUACCCCAUGGUUUUUUGCCCCUGACCGACCAUAUGGGUUUUAUGGAACGUCUUAAAAAUAGUUAUUAUUCACUGGCAGAAGAUUUAACUAGAGAAUGGGAUUUAUUUCCGAAAAUGGAUAAAUUGGUGCAGCAAUAUUUUGGUCAUUUGAAAGUUAAUAUUCCUCCCGUUUCCCAUAUGGAAAAGAAUAUCUCGUUAAUGCUGCUUAACAGUCAUACACCUUUAACCACCUCCCGGCCCUCAAUUACCGGUAUGGUACCCAUAGGAGGCAUGCACAUCUAUCCACCCAAACAACUGCCAGAAGAUAUUAAAACAUUCUUAGAUGAGGCUGAAAAUGGCGUCAUUUAUUUCAGUUUGGGCAGCAAUGUUCAAUCGAAAGAUAUGCCUACUGAAAAGCUUCAAAUAUUCCUUGAAGUCUUUGCCUCCAUGAAAGAGCGCAUACUUUGGAAAUUUGAAAAUGAAAGUAUAGCCAAUCUACCACCAAAUGUCAUGAUUAAAGCCUGGUUACCACAAGCCGAUAUAUUGGCUCAUCCCAAUGUCAAAGUCUUCAUUACUCAUGGUGGUUUGUUUGGCACUCAGGAAGGAGUUCACUAUGCCGUACCCAUGUUGGGUAUGCCCAUCUAUAGUGAUCAACAUUUAAAUAUGCGCAAAGCUGUACAAAGCGGUUAUGCCAUUAGUCUACAUUUUCCCGAUAUAACUAAACCAAUUUUAAAAGAUUCCCUGGACAAAUUACUUUACGAUCCCUAUUAUCGUAAUAAUAUCAAGAGAAUUUCGAAAAUUUUCCAUGAUCGCCCUUUGGGUGCUCGUGAAACUGCCAUGUAUUGGAUUGAAUAUGUUAUACGACAUAAUGGUGCUACCCAUUUAAGAUCAGCUGGUUUAGAUCUUAAAUGGUAUCAAUUCUAUUUAUUGGAUGUUAUAGCUUUCGUUAUAGGUUGCAUUGUACUGAUCUUGACAUUGUCUUGGUUUGCCUUGCGUUUGAUAUUAUAUCGUAAACCCCUUGAGAUGAAAUCUAAGAUGCAGUAAUUGUAUUUUUUUGGUUUUAAUAUGUAUUUUAUUGUAAAAUCUAUAGUAUUAAUAAAAAAUAUGGAUUUAAGUAUAAAACUA